AUGGAUUAUGCGGUUGUGGAUUAUGAAAUAUGGGCUACGGCAGCCUAUAAGUCAUCCCUUAACAAAUUGCCAAUUCAAUCAAUUAGUUACGAAAAUAACUCUGCUCACAUUUUACAUGCAUGUAAGCACCAUGAUGUCACUCAGUUCAAUGGCACUGUUUAUCUUGCUAAAACCGAGUACAUGCUUAAUGGAACCUGUCUUAGCAAGGGCAAUUUUGGUGAUGAUGAAUACAACUAUUCCACCACUAGUUUCGUACAGUAUGGCCAGUAUUUCCAGAUUGAAAUCAUAAGCGUUUUGUUGUUCACUGGAGUUCGCCGUUAUUUCAGUUAUGUUUCAUUAUUCUCGCUACAGUGUUGGUUGGCCCUGAUAUGGCUGCACAUAAUGUACACAUUCAUUACGAACCGUAUGUGUGACUCCAGGAUAUCGUUCAGUGAUCUGUUUCUCGAGUUUUAUCGGACACUCACUAACCAAACGGCGACUAAACUCAAAGCGUUUAGCAGUGUUUUGCGGAACUCCUACUUUGAGUUCAAACCUACUUUGAUGGCCGAAUCUCUCAAUGAUAUUAUUAAUGACAUGGAAAUUAUGAUCGCCGGGAGAGGUGUUGUCAACUAUUUAACCUCAUAUCCGGAUCUAUAUUAUGAGCAAAACUAUAGGAAAAUCGCAAAAAGGAUCUCUGAUUACGAAAACAGACUCAACAUAUUCACAAAUAAGCGCAGAAUUGAUCUAUUAUAA